CUUCCUUUCACUUGUAUUGUGCAACCUUAUUUCUUGACCUAAUGCUGCCCUGCGCCUUGUGUGAGACUCACUCGUUUGAUGUUUCCAAUCAUCGAUCGUGGAAACCACUGAUCAAUCAGUGGUUGGCAAUCCUACUUCCGCCUCGUUCAGGUUCAACGAAAUCGUCUGAGUUCUCGGACUUUGAUCAGAUUGAGUAGCAAAUCGGAAAGAUGGCUUCAACACAGCGUUUCAUCCACAUUUGUUGUUUUGCCAUAUUUACAGCAACUUUGUACCACAACGUUGCAAAUAUCUUUAUAAAUGGUGUAACCAAUUCUUACGGAGGUAGAUUCAAGUUUUUGACAUUCAUCAACUUGGUUAUUUCGGUUCUUUACUAUGGCCUAGCAUUUGUUUCAGAGCUGUGGAGCGUUCUGUUCCAUAACCCGGAAGUAGGAAACAACCGCACUGUGUUGAAGAAAUGGCGAGAUACUAUUUUCGGUUCACUUAUUUUCCCCUUAAGUGCGAUCGUGACUAUCGCAUUCUGGGGUGUAAUGGUUGUGAACUCAGAACUCAUGUUGCCUAGCCGCUUGAGACACAUGAUCCCAGUUCAUGGAUUAUACAACCAUUGUGCGCAUACAGCGCCGUUCAUAUUGUCAUUUAUCCAGAUAUUUUUGGUCAGGCACAAAGAUUUCCCUUCAAGAAUAAAAGCUUCUUUUGGUUUCACGCUAUUUUGUAUUGGGUAUGUCAUUUGGAUAUUGUGGAUUGCUUACAGAGCUGAUAUUUGGGUUUACCCUGUUCUCAAGGUUCUUGGUUGGUCCGGAAGAAUUUUAUUUCUAGGAACUGCGUACAUGCUCGGAUUGACGUUUCUUUUUGUUGGCCAUGCAAUCAACACUCAGCAACACAAGAAAUCAUCAAAAAAGCUUCAUUAGACACUAAUAGCACUGUUAAAGAAUUAAUUUCAGGUCUCUGAUUGCUGCACAACAAAUUUUUUCAUUGGUAAAUCAAUUAUUUCUUAAGUUUUGUUCUAUUGCAAAUAAAUGUUGUAUGGAGAUUGAGAUAGUGGUGUAAUAGAGCAGUCUUGGCCCAUAAAAAUGAAAUUUAAUUUGUAACAAAAAACGUU